AUGGAUUAACAAGAUUAGGACUCAUUAUUGGAAAUAUCUGAAUCUGAUCAUUUAACCAAUAUGCUUCUAUCAAAUAAUUUAACUGAUAUCUUUUUAAAUGAUUAUUAUAGCAAAUUUAAGAAUAGUUAAAACAUAUUAGAACCAUCUAUGACUAUGUCAAGAGUGUCUCAAUUAGAUAAAAUCUCGGAUGAUAAUUCAAAUAUUACUCAUAUGAAAGUAGUUCAUGCUUCAGAAAGAUUAGUAUUUGAAUUAUAAAAAAAUUAAGUAUGUCAUCUAUCUUAUAUAGUUAUUAGAAAAUAAAUUGUUAUAAUAAACUAAAUUGAUUUAAGAUUUAUAAGAAUAAAUAGACUCUAAAGAAUUGUAAUUACAAGAAAGCAUUUAAUUAUGUGAAUAACUUUAAUCCUAAUUAGAAAACCAAAAAAAAAUAAACAAAUAGUAAUCAAAAUAAAUAUCAGAACUUAAAUUUGUAAUUAAGUAACUACUCUCUAUAAAUAACUUAGUUCCCUUUCCAAACAACUUAAUUUUAAUAACUUAAAAUAAGAAACUAAUCAAUCAUCUAUAGAAUGUCUUUCUGUUCGACCCUCUUCAUAACCUAGAGGAAAGAAGACAUAUAAUAAUCAUCAUUCUUAUUCAUCUUCUAGAGCUUAUUUCCAAAAAAUUCUAACUGAAGAUACUUAGAAUAUUUCACAUGAUAAAAUUAUUAAGGAUAAAGUCUUAUUGUUUUUAAACACUAAACAAAAAGAUAAUAAAUUAAAUGAAAAAUUAGAUAUCAAAAAAGAAAAAUAUUAUAGAUCAUAAUCCAAUUUUUGGUCAAGCAUAACAACAUCUCCUAAUCCUAGUAAAAUUAAUCAUACAUAAAUUAGCGUCUCUGCUAAUAAAGCAUGUAUUUCUGAUAAAAAAAUUGAAAAUACUCUCACUCUAUUAAAAGCUAUCAAAAUAUAAUGUAAUCAAUUUUAGAACAAUAAAAAAUUAUACUGA